AUGUGGAUUGGUUCCAUCACCAAGCUUCAGACUUGCAUGGCAUGCAUGAUUGGUAUUGAGAAGGGCCUUUUCACACUCGACACCAAUGUGCGGGAAGUCGUUCCUGAGCUGAAGGAAAUCAACAUCCUCACCGGUUUCGAAGAGGGCGACUUCCCUCGCAAGCCAAUCACUAAGUCAUGCAACGACCAAAUCACGCUUCGUCAACUUCUAACCCACACUUCGGGUAUGAUCUAUGAUUACGGCCACGACGGCCUCAAAGAAUGGUCUGCAUAUCAUGGUAUCCAAGAUAACACCUUUUCCGGCACCCUUAAAGGAUACCAGAAGCCGCUUGUCUACUCCCCCGGGCAGGGUUGGGCCUACUCUCCAGGUAUGGACUGGGCUGGCCGGUUGAUCGAAGUCACCUCCGGUUUAACACUUGAGCAAUAUCUCAAGCAGCACAUCUGGGAUAAGUUGGAUAUGACUAACACAACGUUCCGACCAGAUUUGCGGCCAGAUAUUCAGAAGAGAAGGAUGCAGAUGGUGAACCGGAACAGGGAGACAAUGGAGAUCACAAAAGACUGCACGAAAGUCCUGCAAGCCCUGAUCUCUAAGAACACAGACCUCAUGACCGCUGAGAGCUUUGACAUGCUCACAAAGCCUCAGCUCCCGUCCGACGAACACUUCCUUGAAGUGAUCCGUGGCGUUGGGCAAGGCCAUCUUGGGCAAACUUGGGAUAAGGGCGCAGAUGGGACUUUCGGCUUCGGGUCGUCUAUCAGUAAGCAAGACUUUGUUGAUCGUAGGAAGAAGGGAAGUUGUAACUGGAGUGGGAUGCCUGGGACUCAUUGUUGGUUGGACAAGGAGACCGGUGUGGGUGGAAUGUUGACAACACAGGUCUUACCGCCGGGGGACCCGAUGGUCACGGAGUUGUUGCUUGAAAUGGAGAAGUGUUUGUAUAGACAUACUAGAGGUUAG